AUAAAGACUAGUGUAUACUACUGUAUUCUCUACUUCCAAAAGUUCAAAACUUUUUGUUGUCGUUUCACACAGACCGAAGCAAUUUAAGGCGAAAAAAAAAAUCAUAAUAAACUAAUAAAAAAAAAAAUAAAAAAUCAUUUAAUAGAAAAGAAAAAAAAAAAACCCUAAGACCAAAUAGAUAAGAUCAUCAUAAAAUGAACACACUAAUUUUUGUUCAAUUUCCAUUUCCACCCAUGUUUGCUGUCUGCACACACUGAUCCGUCGUCAACCGCCGCUCAAUCGGCUCGGCCACUCACUCGCACUUCAGAGCUUCUGCUGCAGCGCGUGCUUCUUACUUCUUUUUAUUCACAAUCCAUUCCUAUCACAGGGAUAAAUCAGGUUGCUACUAGCAAAAAGGAUUUCACCAUGGUUUCAACAUCUCCAUGCUCUGUAUUGAAUGACUCCAUAGGCUUUAUAUGAAGGAUUCAUUACUUACAAAAUAAGCAUAGUCGCAACCUGAUCUUGACUAUGGACCAGUACGAAAAAGUUGAGAAGAUUGGUGAAGGAACCUAUGGUGUGGUUUACAAGGCCCGUGAUCGUGUUACUAAUGAAACUAUAGCUUUGAAGAAGAUUCGUCUGGAGCAAGAAGACGAGGGAGUGCCAAGUACAGCUAUACGAGAGAUUUCUCUCUUGAAAGAAAUGCAGCAUGGGAACAUUGUCAGGUUACAGGAUGUAGUACACAGUGAGAAACGUUUGUAUUUGGUUUUCGAAUACCUGGACUUGGAUUUGAAGAAGCACAUGGAUUCUUCUCCAGACUUCGCAAAGGACCUACACCAGAUAAAAAUGUUUCUUUAUCAAAUUCUCCGUGGCAUUGCUUAUUGUCAUUCCCAUAGAGUUCUUCAUCGAGAUCUAAAGCCACAGAAUUUAUUGAUAGAUCGCCGUACCAAUGCACUAAAGCUUGCAGAUUUUGGACUAGCCAGAGCAUUUGGUAUUCCAGUCAGGACCUUUACUCACGAGGUGGUGACCCUCUGGUACAGAGCACCAGAAAUAUUGCUUGGAUCUCGUCAUUACUCUACCCCUGUUGAUGUGUGGUCAGUGGGUUGUAUAUAUGCUGAGAUGGUGAAUCAACGGCCUUUAUUUCCUGGUGACUCUGAAAUUGAUGAGCUGUUCAAGAUUUUCAGAAUCUUGGGUACUCCAAAUGAAGAUACAUGGCCUGGUGUCUGUUCUUUGCCUGAUUUUAAAUCUGCAUUUCCAAAGUGGCCUUCGAAGGACUUGGCAACUGUUGUUCCAAAUAUUGGGUCAGCUGGUGUUGAUCUUCUUUCUAAAAUGCUUUGCCUGGAUCCCAGCAAAAGAAUUACAGCAAGGAGUGCCCUUGAGCAUGAAUACUUCAAGGAUAUUUCAUUGGUGCCCUGACCUGAACCCAAUUUCCAUUUCUUUGGCAGACAAGACAAUUGUCUAUAAUUUUAUGCCUAGAAAUCUUGUGGAUAUUGAUGUGUGAGAAUUGUGUGCUUUGUGAUUUAUUUUUUCUCUCAAAUUCUUUGACAUAAUUCUGAUAAAUGUUGAUUUGAUCCUUUAGCUGAUAUAUUAUUAGCCUCAUUGUCAUGUGAGGGAGCCUGCUCUCAGGUCUCUUCCGUCUCUUGAAAUAUAUACAUAAAAUUAUGUUUGUAAUGGACUAUCUAUGUUUCAGUGUUUUCUUGAAAAUCUCUAUUAUUUUUUCCCUGAGGAAUCGAAAAA